AUGACUGGAGAGACCCAGCAUGUUUACACCAUCGGCGAUACUGAGGCCGGCCCCAAAGACCCCGACAAGGACUUUGGCUUUGAAGGCUGCGGGGAGAAGGAUGGGAGGGCGCUCGGCGGGGAGGGCACGUCCCCUUUCCCCGGCCCCAAGGACAAGGAGCCCCACAGCCAGCGGGAAGCCGUGAUCCGGCCGCAGCAAGCGGGAAAGAUCGACUUCAAAUCCCUCCACCGCAAACCCAAGUUUGGCAACGACGGCGCCUGGGGAGAGGUCAAGGGCAGCCCCCAGUCCCCCCCGGGGAAGGGUCGAGCCCGCGAGCGCAGUCGGCGCUCGGGGAAAGGCGAGCGGGGCCACCAUCAGCUUUACCGGCUCAGCAUCGCCGGCCCCCGGCCAACCCCCACCAUUGGCAUCGCCUACCCCCAGCAGAAGGUGACCCCUCCGAAGAAGCCGGAGGGGAAUCACGGCCCUGUGGCCGGCAGCUACCGCUUCCACGUGCCCAGCAUCCCCCAGCGCGAGGCUGAGCUCCGGCAAGAAGACCUCGGCUUCGGCCGCUGCUUCCCUGAUGCCGCCGCCGGCCGUACCUCCGCCAACUAUACCUCACAGCCCGCUCCCCCCCAUGGCCCCAAAGGGCAGCCCCCCACCACCGGCAUCCCCCUCAAGAGCCCCGGCACCAAUGGGCAGCUACAUUAUUUAGAGUUUCAGGCGAACGGGGCCGACUCCUGGGCUUCCCCGGAGAAGAGCUUUGCCGGUGCUAGCUAUGGGAUCUCGGUGCAGAAGCCCAGCUCUUUCCCCGAGGGUGGCAAAGCCGGUGCCCACGGUCUGGGGGCUUUGCCGUGCCAGUACCCCUUCCAGCUGCUGCACGACACGGGGAAGGAGCCGUACCGCAGCGAUGCGGGGAGCCAGGAGUACCUGGACGUGGGGCUCGCCGCCGGGCAGCUGGCUCACGGCACCUUCGCCUUCCACUCAUCCUCCAGAGAGUGGCAAGAGGAGGCGCUGAGCGGUGGCUCCUAUGAGAGCGUGUCCCCUGAGAGCAGGCUGUAUGGCUUGCCCGCCCCGCCACCGCCGCCACCGCCGUUCCUGCACCCGCCGCCGCCGCCGGCCCCGCACCACAGCCCGCUGCCGUGCUGCAAGGGCAGGAGCGAGCAUCCCGCCGACCCCAAUGGUGCUCUCUCGUCAUCUGGUGCUAUCGACCAAAACCCAAGCACUUUCCAAGAAAACCAAGCUGUUUUUCCGUCUAGUUUACACUCGCCUAGUAUGCCAAAGCCAGUCGGUAAGAGGCAAGCCUCAGCGAAAGACAGUGUCCCCGGCCCGCGGCUUCUGGUCCAGAGCAGCCCUCUGAGAAGGAACAUGCCACCAAACUCUCUCUCCCAAGUGCACUUUCAGAGCAAAGCCUAUUGCAGUUCACCCGCGGGCAGCGCCAGCGCAGGAUCCGUGCCUUUCGAGACAAGCAUUCCCACUACGGCACCCACCCACCCCAGGCUUGUGCAAGCUUGGGAAGGUGCCACUAAGGCGUUUUCUCCCAUGGACCAGAAUUCAGCACCUUAUUCAAACCCUGUUGGAAACCAGUUCUCAUUCGAGUGCCAGUCUGGCCCCGAGCAGAGGCAGCACAGGCAGAAAAAUGCCAGGAUGCCUUGGCAGCAAAUACACCUCGCUUCUGCAAUGCCCGGUCAAAACAGGCUAGAGCUGUCGAGACAGAUCACCAGCCAGAAGCUCCCCUUCCCCCUGGUCGCGUCGGAGUGGCAGGGGAGUGGGAAAGCCCAGAAAGGGGCCCCCGUAAGUAACUCUCCAGGGUAUCACGGUAAAAAGGUCUUGUCAGGAGAGAGCCUCGGGGUCCAGAGGGGAGAUCCCAACUCGACAGGCACUUUCUCUUUCGAGAGUGGGAAGGAGCCUGGGUCUCCUGCCUGUGAUUCCAGAAGCAAAGCCCUCUUCUACAGCAUGGGUCAAGCAGGUCCUCCUCCCUCCAGGAGCUCAUCAGGCUCAGCGCUGGUCCUGCCACCGUCAGCCUUGGUGGCUGCCUCCCCUUGUGAGUCCCCGCUGCCGUCCCCUGUCCCCAACCCCACCUGCAGCAGUACCUGCUCGUCACUCUCCCCCAUGUCCAGCAGCCCGCUCAACACUGGCUUCGAAGACAACCAGAUGUCUGGAGCGCUGACCCCCUCUCCCUUCUUCCAGCAUCCCUGCCAUCCCAAGGACAGCAACAAAACCUUCCACCCCUCCGAUGUCCUGAGCUCCAGCUCUCUUCAUUACCACACUCUGGACUCUAUCAAGUCCUUCCACUUCCCUCCUGAUGCCCUGAAAGACGACAGCCUCCUGAAAUGCACCCCGGCAAGCCCGUUCCACAAACCCAGCGUGGAGCUGGCCAAAGGAUGCUCGGAUGGGUUGGAGGAGGAGCAGCCACCGCCGCCGUACUCCUCCCAUCACUUGCUGGCCAGCUCCCUCAGCAGCGCCAGCCUGGACCAGCUGGAUGUGCUCCUGACCUGCAAGCAGUGCGACCAGAACUACAGCAACCUCUCCUCCUUCCUGCAGCACCGCCAGUUCUGCACCUCCCAUCCUGCUCCGCAGGGAGAGGGCAAGGAUGCUCCCCAGCCCCCCAAGCCCCCCAGCCUGGGGCUCUCUCCAGACCCCCAGGCGCAUUUGUUGGCAUUAAACAAGAGCGAUGACUUCUUGCUGGAUGGAGAAAGCAAAAGCGAGGGCAAGGAAGAUGCUCUGAAAGGCAGCCUCUUCAACGGACUCACCACCAGCUCCUUGCCACUCACCGCUUCGGACCUGGACAUUGACGACGCCAAGCUGGACAGCCUGAUCACCGAAGCCCUCAACGGCCUGGGGUAUCAGUCAGAUAACCCAGAGAUCGACAGCAGCUUCAUAGAUGUGUUUGCUGAUGAGGAACUAACAGGCGUCAAGGCGGCUGGUGGUGGGAUGUCCCACAAGACGAAGGAAGUCCUGGCCUCGGAGAGCAAAUCGAAGCAGGCAGCAGCCAAGGAGAAGGCAGCGGGCCAGCCCAAGGCCGGCUAUUUUUACGAGGACGGCCAUCCAGGUGGGGAGCAGGUGAAGAGAGGGACAGGAAAGCAGCACCUUCACAAGGGGAGGGCAGCGCAGAGGUUGGCAGCCCAGGAGCUGAAUCCCAGGGCAGCAGGAGCGGAGAGGACAGCCAGGCUGCGGGCAGGCAGGAAGAACAGCAUCCCACCGGUCGCCACCUCCUCCAAGUCCACCUCGAGCCAAAAGCAUCCCAGGAAGCUCAGCCAGGAGCCUCCAACGAAGAGCGAGGUGGAGCCAGGCAUUGCCACCAAAAGCUCCAAGCCACCCCGGUUCUCCAUGAAGGAGAUGAAGAAGCGGAAGCCCCGAAGUGGGACAUGGAGCAAGGAGCUCAUUCACAAGAUUGUUCAGCAGAAGAACAAGCUCCACAAACUGCAGGUGAAGAGCAGCAAGCAGGCACAGUUCCCCCAGGUCGCCGAGAGGCUGAUGCCAGCUGCCAAGGAGGGCAGGUUUCAGGAGUAUGACUAUGUCUCCGACUCAGAUGAUGAUGGGGCAGAGUGUAGCAAGCUCCGGGGACGGAAGAAGCAAAGUACGGGAUUCAUCAGGAGGACCAAGUACAGCUUUAGCAAGAAACGCCCGGGAAGAAGUGAGAGAGCCAAAGAGAAAGAUCCAGCCUGGAGCUACAGCCGGAAAAGGGACAGUCAGAAAAGGGAAGCAGAGGAGCACAGGGGGGUCCCAAGACAGGAGGAUGGCAAGAAAGAGGAUUGUGCUGCCAGAGUCCGAAGACGGAGCAGCCAGUCAUCUACUGGCAGCAACCACAGCAAUAGUACGCCCGGUGAAAUGGGCACCAGCCCACCCCAUGCUGAUGGGGCUGGCUCAGGCAGCGAGAAGGGAGGCACGCAGAGGAGGAGGCAUUCGGGCAGCCCAGCACGUGUGCCAAGGACUCCACUCAGCCUUCCCGAGGACAGGAGCCCAAAGAAGAGCCAGAAGAGCAAAGACGACUUUCCCAGGGGGAGCAGGCGGUUUGGCUCAGCCAAACCUUUGGUAGAAGGCUCCAGGACACAUCCAAGUACCGAAUCGGAUGUUGCUGUGACGGAUUGUGCAAAGGAGGAGCCGUUACCGCAGCCCCAGGAAAGGCAGAUGCCCAGCACAGCUGCCUCCGGCAGGAGCCCCGUCAGGAUCUCCUGUAAGGAGGGGGCAGAAGAGCCGAAAGAAACAGAAAAGCACAUGGGUGAGGCAGGAGAACCCACCCCGGAGGCUCAGAACUCAUCUGAGCUGACUGUAGUCAACCAGAGGCAUCAGUUUGCCCCUUUCACGAGCGAUGGGCUGAAGUAUCAUGCAGAAGAGCUAAUUGCUCCAUCCCACGGUGGUAACGAAGCUAGUCCUGGCAAUGUGAGUGCUGCCUACUCGGAAGCGAGCAUCAAAUACUUGAAGGCACACGGGCUCUGUGACAAUCGGAAGGACUAUCCCGUGCCAGUUGCCCCAUACGGGGGGGAUGCAGUGGGGAUGAUGCUUGCUGCCAAGGCACCUGAUCCAUACGUCAGCAGCGACAAUGCAUUUUUCAGUCCCAAAGGCCUUCCCGGUCACUACGAUGACAACCUCUUCUCAAAGCCCCCAGCCCUGGGCUCCUCACACAUGGAUGACAUGUACUUAUGCCGGGAUGACAUCAACGCCAGCUCCUUCGAGCAGAAGCACGCCAGCAUCUCCCCUUACACUGCAGAAACGCCGCAGGGCAAGGUCUCCUCCCCUCUCAGCUUUGAUUCCUCUUCAGUAUUUGGAGAGCUUCCCGUCAGCGAGUUUGAUCCACCACUGUACGAGAGCGUUUCUGCAAGCAAGGAUGGUUAUGUGACAACGUUCACCUGCCCUGGCAAUCCCCCCAGCAAGCCACUGCCGUUUGAGCAACCGUAUCCACCAUUCAUGCCAGAGAAAGACUGGUCCCUCAUGGAGGAGGUGGCUCCGAUGCUGCCAGAAGACAUGACUCAGUUCCAGAGCCUUUCAGUGGAGAAGCCACUAGUCAAGAAAUUCCCAGAGGAAGGACCUGUCCCCACCAGCCAACUCUCCCUCCCGCUGCCAGACAGGAUAACCGAUUAUAACAUGACUUUUAUGAACAACAUAUCAGACGAUGACCUGGAGAUCAAGCGAUUAGUCACAGAGCUGGAAAGUCAACUGCAAACCAGCAAGCUGGAUAACGAGGCAUCCAUCACCCUUCAGAAACCCGAGCAACACAUUACUGCCCAUCUGCGAGGAGAGGUGGCCAAGCAGUUCCCACCACUGCUGGUUGAGCAAGAGACGGGCCAGGAGAAAGGACUGUUUUUGACAGAAGAGCUGGACACUUCAAGCCUCUGCGUCAGGGAGAGGCUGGGAGGAGAGAAGCCAGCCGUCGCAAGUGCCCAUGUGGACUAUGAGAGACCCAGGGAGACCUGGCCCUGCUCAGUGCAGCUGGGCUCACUGGAGGCAGGGAUGUGCACACCAGCCCCGCUCACCACGGAUCAUUUCUGCUCCAAAGACAGUGGCGAGCAGCUCCGGGGAACUGCAGCUGCCAAGGAAAGUGACCCUGAAAAGAUGGAAAAUGGGUCUUCCUCCAAAAGCCUACCUGGCUCACGUACACCAGACCAAACAGAGGCUCCCGUCUACAUGGACCCUGUGACAAAAAGCCCUCCUGUUGUCACUGACUCCAUGUUCCCCAAGACCCUUGAGGCAGCAGAAGCAACCAAAGAUCCCCUGCCAUCCCUGCCAUGUCAGCACGGUGCCGAGAGCUUCCCUGUGCUGGGGAAAGGAGAUGAAAGCUUUGCUGAUGCUGCAGAGCUGGAGAAGUUUGAUGCCCAUCUUCCAAACCAUAAACCUGAAUUUGGCUUUCAGCAGGGUCCCACCCCAGCAUUGGAUCUCGCCUUCUCACCUCACGUCAAAGAGGUCCCAGAUACAGAAGAAAGACCCUUGAGCAGGCCCGAGUCACCCAAAAUGACGAAAAGUGCUGUGGUCUUCAAAGGGGAUGGUGGUGGGUCUGCAUUGAUGGAAGAAACGGAGGAGAGGAAGAGCCCCACCACCUAUCCAGCUCCUGGACCCAGCGACAAAGCCAGCAAGCAAAAAGUGCUACUGUUCGAUAUGCUGAGUCUGCCCAAGGAGAGUGAAUGUGGCUCCCAGAAGAUGUUGGCAUCCCAGGAGACAGCUGCCAACCCUCUGCAGCAGCUCCAGCUCUUCGUUGCCCGAACGGUGAAGAGCAACGAAGAGGAGUUGUUGAUGCCGUGCUUCCCCAUGCUGCUUGCUCCCGGCCACCCCUCUGCCACUACCCGCAUCCAGCCAGAGCAGAAAGAGGAGAGCGGCGGUGCCAUGGAAGGGGAAAAUCGGACAUACUGCCCUGCCCAAGGGGAGGGGAACGUCCCCAUUGGAGGCAAUGUGGAAAAUAUCGCUGCCCCAGCGAAAGAGGCUGUGCUUUUGUCAAGUGGAUGCGAGCAGCUGGAGUCGUUCGGUGCAAUGGGCUCUUACCAUGCGAAACAAUCCACGUUUGCAAAGCCGGAGCUGCAAAAUAAUGUAACGGAGCUGCAGCACUUAGCAAAUGAACAUGUGGAGCUGAAUGACAUUAAUAUCCGUGCAGAUGGUGUUUCCCAAGAGCGUAAUGACCUCUCGCCACUCAAAAACACAGCGGUGACCCCACUGCCAGGGCAAGGAAAGAAAGCUGAUCGGCUCAUGGAAGAGCAGGAGCAAGAUAAAAACAAAGCGACCUUGGCAUUUAAAAAACAUGAGCAAUCCCAUUUAAGCCAUAGUUUGCUCGAGAAAGAAACACUGGGCAGUGCGGCAGCAGAGAGGCGGGAAAGAAAUCAGGUGGGGCAGGGGGCACAGACCCUGCACAGUGCUCCUGCGAGUCCCACCAGCCCCCCCAGUCCCUCCGAGGAAGAGUUCCACCAGGAUCACCACUUGGUGCCAGAGGCAAAAGCCAGUGCACUCAGUGGAAAGGUUCCCAGCGAAGCAAGUGGCAUGAAGUCCCUCAACGGCUGUCAUUACAUGGGCAAAUCUCCAGCCAGCUUGCCCUUGCCAACCGAUUUUUCUCACCCCAAAUGCUUGCAAAGCGGUGGGGCCACAGGAGGAGAGGUCCCCAGCUUCGGCACUCAGCUCUCGGAUGAGAAGAAAUACGGCAUGGAUGGUCCACAGAUACUGCACAGGAAGGACUGCUCUCUUCCCAGCUCACCACCUUUCAACCAAAAGAGUGUUGGGAAGGAGGCACCCAAAAGCACCGGUGCUGUGCUGUCAAGUUCUCAUUUUAAAGAGAAUCAAGCGUGCGCCAUCACAGAUCUCGUUGUUAACUCCAUUCCUCCAGAAACUCAAGAUUACCCAACUCAGCCCACAACAGAUCUUCCACCAAUCAUCAGAGAAAAAGAGGUAAACCUGAAUCAAGAGAACAAGCUUGAUAGCUGCUCUGAUGAUGGAAAUAAGCAUCAAAGUGAACCAGAGUCUUUCUCCAAUGGGUUUGCUGUUCAGCAGCUGCCAGCAGGUGCCAGAGGUCUUACAAGGAUUGGUGAUCUUGGUCAAAAAUUAAAUGGCCAUGAGUUUUCAGAGGCAGCAGAGGUGAGACUUGGUCUUUUGAAAACCACAGAGAGUGGAGGAAAGAGUUUAGAAGGGGAGAAACCUAAAACCCAUGGGGCUGGAGAAGCUGGGAGUUGUGUGUUAAACAACAUGGGCCAAGGAGAGGGCAAUAUGCAUAACGGUAUUCCAAACCCUUCCCAAAAUGAACUUCACAAGGAAAAGCAGACAAAUGGGCUCCCAGUGACGUGUGACAUUUGUUCAGCCACUUUCCGGUCCAAGCCUGGCCUGACCAGGCACAAAGCUGUAAAGCACCAGGUGAAGAGCACUGGUGUACCACAGCCCAGCAAGACUCCCAGGUCCACUUUGAUUCCUGCAGACAAGACAUCAAAAGUAGCCCAAAAGAUGCCCAGGAGGAGCCUGAAGACUUCAUUCAAAGAGAAAACCUGCAGCUCAGAGACGCUGACCACCAACAUUGACCACAUCCCCAAGAAAAUAUGCCCAGACCUGGAGAAAGAGCCCAGCGCCCAGAUGCAAGAAGUGGUCAGCAGAGUCCUCAGCGAUCUCAGCGUGAUUUCCUUCGAGAUGUCCGAGGAGCUGCACCGCACACAUGUUCUGCAGAGGGAGAUGAAGGCAAAGGGACCGCGCUUGGAGACAAGAGGAUCAUGCGAGGUGGCAUCUGGGAAGCCGAACCCAGGACAGCAAGCCAGGAAGGGAGAAAAGGGCAGAAGGAGCCAAAGCAAAGAUACUGGAGAGGUGAACAGCAAUUCUGAAAAGAAGCUAAACAGGAAAGUGAGACGAAGGAAAGCAAAGGUAUUUCCCAGCAGAAAUGAUCCCAAUGGUCCAUGUGAGCUGGAAAAGAAGGAAGGUCCUCCCCCUGCUGUCCUCAGCUCCAGUCUGCCCGGGAUCGUGGAAGGCUUGCGUGAGCCAGGUGGUUGCAUCUCCACAGAGGAACAAAAUAGGUACAACUCAACCCAGCACUCUGAAAAAACUAAGCAGUCCCCUUGUGCAGCUGAGCUCGCAGAGGACCCAGGUGACAGGAUGGUGUCUUUGAAGGAGGCGGUCAGCAAGGAGUCAAUAAUGGGCACAGUUGCCUGUCCCAGGGAGUUGGAAGAUCCAAAUGGAGUGGAAGACACAGAGGCUUGCAAAAAGUGGGUUCGCGGGUUUGUAAAGCAAGUGGAGAAGGGAUUGGGCAAGGUAGGCAAAGAGCAGCAUCAUGGUGCUGACGGCACGGAGGAGAUGGAUGCUGAGACAGGAGACAGUCCUGAAGCAGGCAGCAGCACUGGGAACCGGAGUGGUAGAGAGCACUGCAUGGAGAGCGCGGCCGUCUCAGACCUCCAGAGCUUGUUUGAUGAUGACUCCACGUUCUCCCAGCUGUUCCCCCGGGAUGACCAGUUUGUCCGGAGAAAGUGCACACGGGUGUAUGGGAAGCGCAGCAAGAAACCCAAGGCCAUCACUGAGGUGAACCUCCAGCCAGCAGGUGCCAUUGACCUCUUCACAAUCCAAUUAGCUUCUGACCUCAGUGAAACCAGCUCCUUCUGUGUCACCAGGGAGGACCCUUGCGAAUACGAAACCAUCUCUGUCGAUGAUGCCUUAAUGCUAAACAUGUGUCACAGCAGCAAGGUGAAGAGUGGAGAUGCUGCUCCCAGUGCAUCUAAAAGCAUUGCACCGAGGUCAGAUUGUGAGAAGAUCAACCAAGGGAAGGAGGACAUUGACCUGGAAGACAACAUGCUAACCUUCUUGUGCCAAAACAGCCAAGUGGACAAUGUCCCCAGCUUGAACAUCUGGGGGAAUCUGGAGAAGGAAGGAGAAAGCCUCUCUGCCGAGGACAUGUUUGAGCCUCUGAUGGACCUUGAGGAUGAGCACUCGCUCAGAGAAGCGAGCUCGGAGCCCCCUGACCUGGCGGAGGAGCCCUACAAUGACAAGGCUAAUGAAGAUUCAGACUCUCCCGAAUUUCAUACCAUCGACAUUGAGAUGCUGAACGCAAAGCUGAAAAUGAGAGACAUGUGUUUCUUCGGCCCUUGCGAAGAUCUUCCUGGCCACGGGGAGGACAAUCCUGUGAGUUUCAAGCCAAAGCCAGGCCAGCACAGCAAGCACAGAAGUAAGCUAGAAGAUGGGAAGCUGGGGAAAAACCGCAGUGAGAUAACCAUCAAGGCCAAAGACAAGCAGUACAAAUGCAAAGUCUGCUUCCAGUGGUUCCUGACAUUAGGGGAGCUGGACUUCCACAAGCUCUCCCAUAACCCUUCCCCUCCACCUACCUGCUACAUGUGUGUCCAGCGCAAAUUCAGCUCCCGGGAGCAGCUGAGGGACCACCUGAAGGAGAAGCACGCCAAAAACAAAGCUGGUCUGUGGGCUUGUGGGAUGUGCCUGAAGGAGAUCUCCGAUGUCUGGAUGUACAACGAGCAUCUCCGGGAGCACGCCACCCAGUUCGCUCGCAAGGGGCAAGCGCAGAAGUCUGUGAUGGGCCUGCCAGCCUGUUUCAGUGAGGACAAUGCCGCUGUCACCCACUUCCUCAACACCAUCAUGUAUCGGAAGCCCAGCAGGUCCUCCCGGCACGCCAACUCCAGCAGCAAGCAUGCGGUUAGCAGAGAGAGCAAGAGCCCCAAGGAGCUGCCCCUCGAGCAGGAGGGCAAGGCGAUGAAAGACCCCUUGGAAAGCAACGUCAAGGUGAAGCCACCUGCACCCAGCUCCUCUAAAGCAUCCGCCAGUCCGUCUCCAGAGCAGAUGGCAAAAAGCGAAGGCACCCCAAAAUCUGUCCCCAUGCACCCAGACUGCAAGGAUCCUUCCAGGGACUGUCAUCAUUGUGGCAAACAGUUUCCCAAACCCUUCAAGCUCCAACGGCACUUAGUCGUGCACAGUUUACAGAAGAUUUACUUGUGCCACAAGUGUCCGAUGUUCUACCAGGAGACCAAAGAGCUUCGAAACCACCUCAGCCAGGAGCAUGGGAUAGUGGAGGAGCAGGAGAUCAAGCACACCACCCUGUACGCGUGCGAGCUCUGCGCAGAUGUCAUGCAUGUCAUCAAGAAGUCCUUCAUCUGCAGCAUGUGCAACUACACCUUCUCCAAGAAAGAGCAGUAUGACCGGCACAUGGAGAAGCACCUGGCAGGAAGCAACAAGACUUUCAAAUUCAGAGGGGUCAUGAGGCCUGGCAUUGCCUCCAGAGAGGGCAGGGAGAAGACGAAAGAGGACAGCUCUCUCCGGGAGGGCAUGCCACCAAGCAAGAAGAGGAAGAUUGCUCACCAUGGCAGCUCACUCCCACACGGCUCACCGGUCCACCUGGACCACACUAGUGACCUUCAGUUGGCAGAGGCUGCAAGCCCCAGCCUUCAAGCUCCCACUGACUCCUUGCCUACAGCAACUGGUAACCCAGGAGCACCCCAGCCCUCUGUGAAAACAGAAGACCUAGUGGGUGACUUCUCUGACCUUCUGGUGGAGAUGGAGAAAUCCCAGUUUGACACCGUGCCUCCACCACCUUGCCUUUCCCCAUCUUUGCCACAGGCUGUGGCGAGCAGUCCGGAGCUUGGCCAUAUCGCUGCCCUGUCUAUGGAGGAGCUGGAGAAAGGAGCGUUUGAUGGGAAACCGCUUCCUUUCUUGGACUCGCCUGAGUUUACCAUUGACCUUGCCGGGUUGGCUUGUAACCAGGCCACAGAUCAAAAACUCUCUCCUCCACACCUGACUGAGAACCGUGGCUACACCGAUACCCAUAAAAGAACAAGCGUAGGCAACAAAGAGGAAAACAUAGCAGGUGUCCUGGAAAAUCCCGAUGCAGCCACUGACACCACAGAUGGGAUCCCCUUUCUCCAGCUUGCCAAGAAUGUCUCAGAGCUUCCUGCCCUGCCAUCAGAGGCUCCACUGGCCAAGGAGACCCACAGGUGGGGCAACCCCAGUGCCAGCGAUGCCUCUUCUUGGGAAGGAGCAUCUAAGACCACAUCUCCCGAAGCUGCCCACCAUCCCCCACCCCUGAAGGACAAGACGGCAUCACCCACACUGAACAGGGCUGACAAAGAUUCAACCCUGCAGAAGAAGACCAUGAGUAACCAGACCAGCAGUGAGGCUGCUCCUGGCUUGGGCAGCCCCAGCAGCAGCACAGAGGACAGUCAGCAACCCAUCUCGGGGAAGGAGAAACCCGUGCCUGAGGCUAAGGACAGCAGCACUAAUGCCAAGGACCAAGGCAGCAACCCAAGCAAAUCCACCGGCCACCAGCCCAGAGGUGAGGCAGCCAGCAACACCAUGAGACAUGGCCACGUGGAGCCGAGCAAAGCCGCUGGCAAGCUUCACCCCAAGAGACGGAAAGAGCACAAGUCCUUGAGCCACCGGAGCAGCUCCGGCUCCCGGGAGAACAUGGAGGGAGACGGGAAAAAGAAAAAAGCCCGGACCCCAUGCCCAGGAAGGAGUGAGAGCACUGGCGAGCUCAAACAUGCUGGCUGGAGCAACGCCGAAGCUUCUGCCCUCUCCCCGGGGAGGAGGGAGACACACUGCAACAAACUGGUACCCAAGCCCAAAACGGGCACCCAACUGAAGAAGAUGGUCCUGGACACUUACAACCAGAAGAAGGGGGAGCUCCGUCACGCCAAUGGGGACAUGAAGCGCAGGAAGGCCAUUCUGGGGAAGAGCCUCCACCAAGUGUUGGCCAAGGGGCCGGCACCAUCCCCGCGCAGUUCCUUGCACAGCCCGCGCGCCGCCCGGGGUGCCAAGCCGGCCGGCUCGGCCAGCUACCGCACCGCCGAGUCCCAGAACAACCUGCUAAGCCAACUCUUUGGGCAAAAAUUAACUAGCUUUAAAAUUCCUUUAAGAAGAGAUACUUCAGAGUAA